CUCACGACCUGAAGAGUGCCUCCGAGCCAGAAGUCUUUGAUUGAAAAACUUUGGGUAACAAGAAAGAAGAGACCACAAAGGAGUCUUCUGUACCAGGCUGAUCCUAAUAUAAAGAAAAAUGUGGAGUGACAUCUUCUACCCUGAAAACCCUAAGAGAAGGGAGCAGCUCAUCCGCAGAAGUCAAGAGCUUCAAGAUCUGAUGAGGAACAACUUCAGAGCCACCAACCAACUGAUUGAUGCUAUGAACAAGCACUUGAGCUGCUCCUUCGAACAUAUCUUCCUGAACGAGAGCGCUACUCUUCGGGAGAACUGUGAUGUGAUAAUUGGAUGCAUGCGUAAGAUACAGGCAGAAGUAGAGAGGAUUGACAAGAGGCUGAAGGAGAAGCUGGAACCCACCCUGUACGAGAAACUGCGAAGCCUGUCUUUGUCUACUGUAGAUUUUAAAGCGAUUUCAAAGGCUUUUGAAGCAGUUUGUGGUAUUGCAACUGUGGGAGCUACUGUUUUAGUUGGCUAUUUAAUUGAUAAAGGAUUUAUUCUGGCAAACAUAACAAAAAAAUUUGCUAUAAUUGGAGCAGGUACAUUAGCCAGUGUUGCAUUGGCAGUGGUGUUCUUGGGGAUCGACAUGAUUGUUGAGGCCAUUCUUGGGAAAAUUGAGGGUGAUCAACUUAAGAAAGCCCUAGAAGAGUAUGACAGAGCUUUGGAGGAAUUCAGGCCAGCGUCUGAACAAUAUCAGGAUAAAAUUAACUAUGUCCGAAUCAAAAUUGAGGUUUUAAAUGAAUAAAAAAUAUCAGGUUAAAAUGUUUUCUUUUUGUGUUUGCUGGAAUUGUAAACGAAUAAUUGUUAUUACAUGUUUGUGCUGAAAAACAUGUAGAAAUUUAGCUCAA